AUGUAUCUGGAGGAGACCAUCAAAUCUGGCGAAGAAUGCAGUGAUGAUCUUGCUUCAGAUUUGAAAUGUCAACGCGCCGAUGAUGAGAUCAACUUUACAUCGGCAGCGGGUAUAUUUUUACGCAGUUAUCGCGGAACUAUGGAAUUGUUAGGUGGUGGACAGCGGAUAUGA